GAAAGCUGAAAUAUCGUCAUUUUAAAAUCCAGCUCAAGAGUUACAAAUCAACAAACACCAUGUUCAAAAGUGGACCAAAUUAUACCAAACUAAAAACUAACUUAAGAUUGAUAAUUAAUAGACUUAAGUUGUUAGAAAAGAAAAAGACUGAGAUGGCCUUGAAAUCCAGAAAGGAAAUAGCAGACUAUAUUUCGGCUGGAAAGGAAGAUCGGGCUCGAAUACGGGUGGAACACAUCAUUCGUGAAGAUUAUUUGGUGGAGGCUAUGGAACUGUUAGAAAUGUAUUGUGAUCUGUUACUGGCAAGAUUUGGUCUCAUACAGACACAGAAAGAGCUUGACCCAGGCUUGGAAGAAGCUAUAGCAAGUAUCAUUUGGGCAACUCCUAGACUGCAGGCUGAUGUUCAGGAGUUAAAGGCUGUGAGUGAAGAGUUUGCUAGAAAAUAUUCUCCUGACUUUGCUCAGGCCUGCCGAGGGAACUCACUGAGCAAUGUCAAUGAAAAGGUCAUGCACAAACUUUCUGUGCAAGCUCCGCCAAAGUCACUCGUGGAACGCUACAUGGUUGAAAUCGCCAAGACGUACAAUGUUCCGUUUGAGCCAGAUCCAUCCAUCAUGCAUCAGGACGAGAUCCUCCUUGCUGAAAAUUUGCUUAUCGACCUCGGCACAGAUGAUAAAAAGAACACUGGUGGUUCUGGUGGACCUAAAGGUGGCAUGGGAGUCCCACAACCCUUGAAUUAUCCUAUGUCUCCUUCUGGACCCAUGCAUUUUCCACCAGCACCCAUAGGUGGAGGAGGUGCACCACCCCCUCUCCCAAGUCAGGCACCACAUGGUGGUUUCAGUGCCUACACACCUAACCAGCCCCCAGCAUACAACUCAGGGGCUCACUCUGCACCUCCUGGGCCCCCUAAUUUUGAUCAGCUUUACAGCAACACCACAAAGCCGCCUUAUCCCACAGCGCCAUCUGUCUCUGUGCCACCAGCUCGACCACAUCAAAGUAAGGAAGAUGUGUUCCCAGAGUUACCAACAGUUCCUAGUAAUACGCUCCCAGAUCUUGGCAACUCUGUGGGGGGAAACUCUGGGGAAGAUGUUGACUUUGAUGACCUCACUCGAAGGUUUGAACAGUUAAAGAAAAAGAAAUAAGAUUUUGUAUUCCUAUCACAUAUUGGCUGUAUAGUAUAAAUCCUACCAUUGCUUUCAUGUCUCUGUUUUUUUUUUACAAUCAUGCAAUGCAAUGUCCAUUGGUUCAUUCAGUUGAUGACUACGUAAAGGCAUUUAAUCAAAUGUUUAUUACUAAAUUCUUUUUAGUGCUUGUGCAUAAACUAAAGCAUCAUGUAUGCACUUAACACAGUGGAACAAAAAAUUAAUAGUUUAAGAACAAAUCUUGAAAUGAUGUUGAGAUUUGGUGUAAGUUUAAUGUUGAGCCAUCUAAUUAGGGUUAUAUAUUUAUUUUACAUUGUUCCAUAUCUGCGUUUCUUUUGUCAUUCAUACAAUUAAUGAGCAUUAUUAUAUAACCGAUAUAAAGAUAGUUAUGGCCAUUGCUGCUAGCAGUUUACGUAGAAUGCUAUUAUUGAAUUUU